UAAAGGGCUCUCCUUGGGCUGGCAGCCGAGCGCCGUGGGGCGGUGCCAUUGGAGCCCCGGGGUCAGGCGUUGAAGAGUUGGCUCUGAAAGAAGAGCAAUGGUGAUAUGGGUGUCUGCAUGUGCCUCUUACUCCAGAUAUACCUGGUUUUCCCUUCCAUUUUUAUCCAGGGAACAGCGGGUCAUUACUCCUGCUGCAGCUUUUUUCUCCCAAGUCCGUACAGCGUUUCUGUGUUAAAGCACCAAGGGUCUAUUACUGCGUUGCAGAUGGGCAAGGUCUGUGCUGUUUUUGGAGGAUCCCGGGGGAUAGGCAGAGCUGUGGCAGAGCUCCUGGCAGAGAAGGGCUGCCGCCUGGCCAUCAUUGCUAGGAAUCUGGACGUGGCGCAGAGCACUGCCCGUAACCUUGGUGCAGGACAUCUGGCACUUAGCUGUGAUGUAUCCAAGGAACAAGAAGUCCAAAGGACUUUUGAAGAGAUGCAGAGGAAUUUGGGUCCUAUUAACUACUUGGUUAAUGCAGCUGGGAUCAACAGGGACGGUUUGUUAGUGAGAACCAAGACUGAAGAUAUGAUAGCCCAGAUUCACACUAACCUUUUGGGAACAAUGUUGACAUGCAAAGCUGCUGUAAAGGUCAUGAUUCAACAAAAGGGAGGUGCCAUUGUCAAUAUAGGGAGUAUUGUAGGACUUAAAGGCAACGCUGGUCAAAGUGUGUAUAGUGCUACCAAAGCAGGAUUAGUUGGAUUUUCACGCUCUCUUGCUAAAGAAGUAGCAAAAAAGCAAAUUCGAGUCAACGUUGUUGCUCCAGGCUUUAUUCACACAGAGAUGACAGCUCAUCUGGAAGAAGAUCAGUUGAAGAAAUCAAUUCUCCUUGGAAGAUUUGGAGAGCCUCAUGAAGUUGCACAAGCUGUUGUUUUUCUUCUAGAAUCCACAUACCUUACAGGGAGUGUUUUGGUUGUAGAUGGAGGCUUGCAGCUUAUGCCCUAAGUACUACCUUGAAUAAAUGACUGCUUUAAUGUCGUGAUGGUAAUAUAUAAAUAUAUACUAAAUAAAGGGAGAGGGUUGGAAAUUGUUUGAUGAUUGAUGUACAUAAUUGAUUUGGUCUUGUUUAGUCACAGGAGAAAUUCAGCAGCAGUGAAGUGCAAGUGAAGUGUGUGUUUAGCUGCCUGAAAGAGUCUGUUUGGUAUUACAAAGUCUGUGUAUGAAACAAUUUGAAAAAGAUCUGGUUUUGAUACGGUGAUAGCUUUAGAAAUGUGCUGAUAAGUUUUUAAAGCACUGUAUUUUUAUAAAGUCUUGUUUUCUGAUUUGGGAUAGAAUGAGAAUUUAUUUGAAUUAUCAUGUUACACAAAGGUUAAUAAAGUGCAGAGACAUGUUUA